CUCCUCCUCCUCCCCCUCCUCCUCCUCCUCCUGCGUUGAUCUCUGCCAUGGCCUGCCUGUGAUCUGCGCCACUCCUAAGGCUAGUGAAGGAGAGGAAUGCAAUGGUGGCAGUGGCUCAGGAGGUCGAAGGAGAGGAAUGCAAUGGUGGCAGUGGCUCAGGAGGUCGAGGAGUCGUCCAGCAGCUGGAAGGUUGCCGGCUGGAGUCCAACUCCGCCCGACUCUGUCGAAGUGUCCUUAAGCAAGACACUUAACCCCAGUGCUUCCUAUGAACAGGAAAUCUCAGAGGUGGAGAAGAGGGACCCGAAUGAACUUGUAGCCCUCUUCUCAGAGAAGGUGCGGAACAUGUCUCCCGAUGACAUCAGAAUCCCCCCAGAGCCACAAGGACGCUGUUCCAGUCAGCUACAGGAGAAGAUCCUGAAGUUGUACGAGCGAAAACAGCAUGGAGCCUUUGACACCAACAGCCACAUCCAGAAGAAGAAAGAGUUCCGGAACCCAAGUAUUUAUGAGAAGCUUAUCCAGUUCUGCGGCAUCGAUGAACUUGGAACAAACUAUCCAAAGGACAUGUUUGAUCCCCAUGGCUGGUCUGAGGACUCUUAUUAUGAAGCACUAGCCAAAGCUCAGAAGAUCGAGAUGGACAAACUGGAGAAGGCCAAAAAGGAGCGGACCAAGAUCGAGUUUGUGACCGGCACCAAGAAAGGCACCACCACCAACGCUGCGUCCUCUGCAGGCAGCGCGGCCACGGCAACAGCAACAGCAGAAGCGCAGAAGAGGAAGAGUAAGUGGGACUCUGCGGUGCCGGUCACGUUGGCUCAGCCUGCCCUCCUCACCACCACAGCCACGCUGCCCGGCGUCGUCUCGGUAACCACCACCGCCAGCGGCACCAAGACCACGGUCAUCUCUGCCGUUGGCACCAUCCUCAAGAAGUCCAAGCAGUGAUCGCCAUGCCAACAAAGCAGCCAAUGAAAAUGAGGGCGAAAAUGUGUGUGUGUGCGUGCGUGCGUGCGCGCGUGUGUGUGUGCGUGCUUGUGUGUGUGUGUGCGUGCAUUGGUCGAGGUCUUGGAGGUUCUGUAGCUGUGAUCAUGUCACAGACCCUGCCUGACCUGAAGAUGACGCUGAAUCCAACCCAAGAAGACCACCGGCCUUUUUGUCUUUCAUUUGGUCCACCUAUAUAUGUGUAGGGUUAUGUGUAAAGGUGACUCCUCUCUCUCUCUCUCUCUCUCUCUCUCUGUGUCUGUUUAAAGUGAUAGCGUUUCCCUCUAUCCUGUGAUGGACUUGUCAGACCACUGGCUAACGCCGUUAGCGUCAUUAGCAUAGCUGGCCACAGCUCAAUGUCCCGAGAGAACUGACCAGCCCACUGUGAACAAGAGGGACUCCUGCUUCUUUUACAUGUCUGUGUUGUGGGAUGGGGGGACGCAGAAAAUGUACACAUAAAACUGUGGCUGUCAUUUGCUUUUCUUUGGGGUUUUUUUGUCACAUCUUUUCAUUUCACCUGUUAGCCCAAGAAGCUUUGUCUGCCUGCGUAUUUAAAGUAGUUUGUUUUCUGUGAAAAAGGAGACUGGGGGUGUUUGCGGUAGACUUCCUCUGUGUGGAGCGCUGGCUCAUCAGCCUUCAACCUCAAUUAUGGAAAGCAGCUCUGCCUGUGUCUGAGGACUUCAGUGACCUAGGACCUGAAUGACAAACUUUCUGGCUCUUCUUUUCUGCCGGAUCUCGUCACUUUUAAUGGUCUACUCACAAAAGGGUUGUGCAAAUAAUUUUUUUACAAAUGUACAGAGCAAUCUGCAGAUGCCAGCAAUGCAAAUUAAACGUUCAUGGUUUCUUUAUA